CCACUAACCCUUUGAAAUGUCGGAUAUGUCGAAUUCACGCCCCAAAAUUGAGAAGCUGUCCACGCUCUUGUGUGGGGGUAAAAUGUCAACACUCACCACCAGUUUUACUUUCAGUGUGCCUGGACUAACCGUUUCUCUUGCUUCUGUACAACUGCGUCAGCACUGUCCAAACUAAUACUAUAGUUUUUUCUUAACUGUGCCAACUAAUCGUUUCUCUUACCUGUGUAGACCCUUGAAAAUGUUGCCCGUUUUCUGUUUAGCACGUCCCAUCCUAACGUCGACCUGUCUAUGUGCCACAUUUGAUUUUGGGGUUGUUGAGUAUCGUGUAUGUAAUGUGUCUAUGUUUUUUUUUGGGGGGGUCAUGCCUUUGUGCGUGUGACAACUAUAUGAUGGGUUUGGGAAGUGUAGAGUUUUGAGAUAUUUCACACCGAGUCCUUUAAGUAAGAGGUCUGGAAGUCAAUUAUAGCUUUGUGCAAUUUUACCGGGAGCACCUAAGAUUGCACAGAUGAGGUCUGUCAUCUGUGGUCCUGGUUCCGUUGGAGCAUCUUUGUCCAAAUCGAAGCGGCACUUUCUAAUAAUACCCUAGACAACUGUUGCAACAGCUUGCAUUUUUCUUGCUUCGAAGAUUGAAGACACGCCUUGCCAAUUAGAAAGUGUGGUAAUCCGGUGCCAUGAAACAAUGUACAAGAAAAACCCUGUUGCUGCUCGCAGAAUCAAUCAGAAGGUGAUUCUUGAGAAACAGAAGGCCCUAAUUUUGGCAGGGGAAGCGCUAUUGCUUUCAACCAUUAGAUAUGAUCUCAAUAUACAGCAUCCUUAUGAGCCACUAAAUGUCGCUCUCAAGAAACUCGGGAUCUCCCACAAGGAAGUGAAACAAUCUGCAACUAAUCUCAUAAAUGAUACGCUUCGGACUACAUUGGUAGUACAAUUAAAACCGCACUACAUUGCUGCUGGAUCUCUCUCCCUUGCUGCUAGGUUCCACAAUGUCAGGCUUCCUACUGAAAAUGGAAAAGUAUGGUGGCAGCAGUUCGAUAUUGCUCCAAAACUCUUGGAAGCUGCUAUCCAGCAAAUGAAAGAGCUAUUUAUGAAAAGAAACCAGCUCCCCAAGAGUCCUGCUAUCCAGCCCACUCCAGCUCAGACCUCGGUGGAGAAACAGCAGAUAGUAAGCACGACUCCUGCUAUCCAGCCCACUCCAGCUCAGACCUCGGUGGAGAAACAGCAGAUAGUAAGCACGACUCCUGCUAUCCAGCCCACUUCAGCUCAGCCUCUGGUGGAGAAACAGCAGAUAACAAGCACGACUCCUGCUAUCCAGCCCACUUCAGCUCAGCCUCUGGUGGAGAAACAGCAGAUAAGAAGCACGACUCCUGCUAUCCGGGCCAUUCCAGCUCAGACCCCGGUGCAGAAACAGCCGACAAUAAGCAGCAGUCCUGCUAUCCGGCCCAUUCCAGCUCAGACCCUGAUGGAGGAACAACAGACAAUAAUCACAGCUCCUGCUAUCCGGCCCAUUCCAGACCAAGACCGGGUGGAGAAAAUGCAGAAAAGGAGCAUGACUCCUGCUAUCCGGCCCAUUCCAGCUCAGACCCCGGUGGAGAAACAGCAGACAAUAAGCAAAACUCCUGCUAUCCGGUCUGUUCCAGCUCAGGACCCGGUGGAGAAACAGCAGACAAGAAGCACGAAUCCUGCUAUCCGGCCCAUUCCAGCUCAGACCCCGGUGGAGAAACAGCAGACAAGAAGCAAAACUCCUGCUAUCCGGUACGUUCCACCUCAGGAUCCGAUGGAGAAACAGCAGAUAAGAAGCAAAACUCCUGCUAUCCGGUACGUUCCACCUCAGGAUCCGAUGGAGAAACAGCAGAUAAGAAGCAAGACUCCUGCUAUCCGGCCCAUUCCAGCUCAGACCCCGGUGGAGAAACAACAGACAAUAAGUAUGUCUCCUGCUAUCCGGUCUUUUCCAGCUCAGACCCCGGUGGAGAAACAGCAGAUAAUGAGCGCGACUCCUGCUAUCCAGCCCACUUCAGCUCAGCCUCCGGUGGAGAAACAGCAGAUAGUAAGCACGACUCCUGCUAUCCGGCCUGUUCCAGCUCAUACGUGGGUGGAGAAGCAGCAAAUAAUAAGCACGACUCCUGCUAUCCAGUCCCCUUCAGCUCAGCCUCUGGUGGAGAAGCAGCAGAUAAGCUUCCCGAAGCCUGUUCUGAAGUAUACAUACUCAAGGAGAGGCCUAAAAAGGCCUGCUCCAGAUCCAGUUCCAUCUCCGGUGGAGAAACAGCAGAUGAAAAACACAGUGGGUCCUGUUUUGGGGCAGGAGCUCUCUACCAGUGGAGGCCUAAAUAGGCCAACUUUAGCUGCAACUACAACUCCAGCUCCGGUGAAGAAACAGAAGAUAGGAAGCACCCCAGACUCUGUUGGAGGCACAAUGCCCACUAGAGCUCCAGUUAGAGCUAGAACACCGGUGAGGAAACAGAAAAUAGGAACGCAAGGCUCUGUUCCGAGGCACACUCGCCCUUCAGAUGGAGGCGAAAGAAGUCCUGUUCCAGUUCCAGCUCGAGCUAGAACUCCGGUGAGGAAACAGCAGAUAAUAAGUAUCCAAGUCCCUGUUCUGAGGCAUCCUCAACCUUCAGUUGGAGGUGAAAGAAGGUCCACGACCGCUCUAGCUAGAUCUCCGGUGAGGAAACAGCAGACAAUAAGCACCCCAGACUUUGAUCUGAGGCAUACAAAUCCUUCAGUCGGAGGCGUAAGAAAGCCCACUGCUGCUCCAGCCCCAGCUCGAGCUAGAAGUCCGGUGAGGAAAUCACAUACUCACCCUUCAGCUGGAGGCGAAAGAAGGUCUUCUGCAGCUCCAGCUAGAUCUCCAGUGAGGAAAGAGCAGAUAAUAAGCACCCCAGACUCUGUUCUGAGGGAUACAAAUCCUUCAGUCGGAGGCGAAAGACAGCCCACUACAGCUCCAGCUCCAGCUCGAGCUGGAAGUCCGGAGAGGAAACUGCAUACUCACCCUUCGGCUGGAGGUGAAAGAAGGUCUGCUACAGCUCUAGCUAGAUCUCCGGUGAGGAAAGAGCAGAUAAUAAGCACCCCAGACUCUGUUCUGAGGGAUACAAAUCCUUCAGUCGGAGGCAAAAGACAGCCCACUACAGCUCCAGUUCGAGCUCGAGCUGGAAGUCCGGAGAGGAAACCGCAUACUCACCCUUCGGCUGGAGGUGAAAGAAGGUCUGCUACAGCUCUAGCUAGAUCUCCGGUGAGGAAAGAGCAGAUAAUAAGCACCCCAGACUCUGUUCUGAGGGAUACAAAUCCUUCAGUCGGAGGCAAAAGACAGCCCACUACAGCUCGAGCUCGAGCUGGAAGUCCGGAGAGGAAACCGCAUACUCACCCUUCGGCUGGAGGUGAAAGAAGGUCUGCUACAGCUCUAGCUAGAUCUCCGGUGAGGAAAGAGCAGAUAAUAAGCACCCCAGACUCUCUUCUGAGUCAUACAAAUCCUUCACACAGAGGCCUAAAAAGCAAUAACUUUGAUAGACAUGCUUCCAGGCAUAUGCGUGUGGACAGUUCAGUUCAUCGAGAUUCCACCGCCAGCUCUGGAAGGAAUGAAGGUAGCAUGCCACAGAGAAUGCAUGUGGAUCAUAGCUUGAAUAAAACUACCAAGGAUGGUAGGCCAGAGGUGCUAACUCUCCGGGAAGCUCUAAGAGCUGAUCAUGUCUACCAUGUUCGCAGCGGACCGAAAGAUGUAAAUAUGGCGAGGGUGGCAAACUUUGUCAACAAGAGAAAGAUUCAGGAGGCUGCAGAGCAUCCAGCUCUGGUUAAUAAACCUGACGGAGAUGCUUGGACGGGGCCGCAGAUUAGAAGUGUGAUUGUUGCCCCGCCGUCCUUGAAGAAACAGAAGAUCUAGUCAGAGUUUAAAUUACUGUUCUGUAAAGAUCCAUUGGUACUGCUAUUAAGACAAUGGUUGCUCGCAGAGAUGAUAAAUUAUUGUGAAUGGUGAUAAGAUAUAGAUGCCUUGUAAACUGGUUGUUGGCUUUGUUGAAAAGGAAUAGAGAUGAAAACCCUUGACUCUGGGCAGUGGGCAGAAUGUUGCUGCCGAGUUUUGUAUGUUUGGAGGCGUUUGAUUCGCGCCGAGAAGGAAUGGAGAUGAAAUCCGCCAUUGCUGUGUAAAUUGAUGUAGGCAUGAAAGAUCUGUUGUCUAAUCUAGCCUAGGAAACCUAGGACUUGUGAUGAAAACCGACAUUGUUGUGUAAAUUUAUGUAUGUAUAUGAAGGCAUCUGUUUUGUCAUUCAGCCUAGGAAACUGAGAUGAAAUAGAGGUGAUAGCCGAGAAUGCUGUGUAAAUUUGAUGUAUGCAUGAAGGCAUCUAUUUAUCUAAUUUAGCCUAGGAAUCAUUCUUUCCUGUACAAACAUAACUUGCACAUGUAACUUGUUAGCGUGUAUAUAAUGAAUUUUGUUGCGAUGCCUUGCGAA